AUGAAAUUGUUUAUCAUCUUAGCUUCAGUCGCCCUGGCCCAGGCUGCCAAACUGGAUAGAACCUACCUCCCACCCAACGCACAAGCUGCCGCAGGAUCUGCCUUCCUCGAGACUCCUCGUCCGUCCAACGGAUUCCGCGACCAAUCCGGUGCUUACUCCAACCCCAACACGUAUGCCCAGACUGGUGCUUACUCAGGCUUGGAAGCUCGUCCCGAGCGCGCUCAGGCUGCCUUCGAGAGGAACGCUGCUAUCCUGCGUCAGGACAACUCCAAUGAUGGAGAGACUUACGCGUACGCUUAUGAAACUGAGAAUGGCAUCUCCGCUGAGGAGAAUGGAGUAGCGACCAAUGGAGUCCAGGCUCAGGGCGGUUACUCCUACACUGGUGACGACGGCCAGGUCUACUCUGUGAGGUACACAGCUGACGAGAACGGAUUCCAGCCCCAAGGUGACCACCUCCCCACUCCCCCUCCCAUCCCUGAAGAGAUCCUGAAGGCUCUGGAACAGAACGCUCGCGAUGAGGCUGCCGGCAUCUACGAUGACGGUUCUUACAGCGAAGGCAAAUACGAGGGCACCAACCAACAACAAUACUAUAACGAUAACGCUCAAGCUAUCAACUACAACAACGCUCCGUCUAACAACUACAACAAUGCUGAUGCCGUCGUCACCAACAACGCUCUCCUCGGCAACGACGCUACUGGAAGCGGCAGCUCCGUCGCCGGCGUGCAGAAAGCGUACCUCCCUCCCUUCGCUCAGCGCAACAACCAGAGGAGCGGAGCGAGGCAAUCCUUCUUCAACGCGAGAGAGGGAUACCGUUACUAG